CUUCCAGCUUCACUCACCCAGACGCCGUGGAUCCACGUCGUACGUACGACUCUUUGUCAUUCCCAGCCAUCUCAUCACGCCCGUCAUACUCGAGCAGAUCAGUGCUACCUGCACCUGUCCUCGACUACCUCAGCUGCCACUGCCAUCAAAGCUCGCACACUCGAGCUCACCCACCUCCACUCGAAGCACCUUCACCCCUGCGUCCGCCACCUUUCUGGUUCCUAAGGCAAUUCUCAGAGAGGGCACUUGCUCUCGCCUACCUCAGGCGCCGGCAUAUACACCAAUCCACUACAUAGGCAGCAGCUAUCAUGGAGCCACGCGAGCCACUCUGGCAAGAGGUGUCCGAGGACUCUGACUCUUCAGAGAACCGCUUGGCAAUGGCAGAUGCACUGGAAGAGCUGGCGGAACAGGUGGAAGCCCAAGAUAGACCCAUGUUCGACCUCGACGAUGAUGAUGAUGAUGACGAUGAUGAUGACGAAUACGAGGAUAUAGAAGACCUUGAAGAAGAGGAGUACGAAGACGAUGAUGAUGAUGAAGAGCUUGAUGCAGAGGAGAUCAUGCAAGAGAUUGAUCUAGACGAUGAUGACGAGGGGCUGGGUGGAUCAGGGGACGAGGAGGACGAGGACGAGGAUGAAGGAGAAGGCGUACAGGCGUCAUUGGCAGACAUCAUCACAGCAGCGCUCUCGUCAAACGAUGAGAAUGCAGCAGAGGGCGACAGCCAACAAGCUCGACUAUCGCGGAUCAUUCGAUCCAUGGGUUUGACUGGCAUCCGUCAAUUGCUCGCACAGGGAGGUCUCACACUACGGACACAGGCCGCCGAUGAUGAGGACGAGGAUGAUGAGGACCAUUGGUAUGGCACUGGCACGACGCACAGAGCAGGCAUGGCUGACUUCUGGGACCCGGUCAAGGAGCCAGUCCAGGCUGGGCAGGAGCUGCAUCUUGGUGGCGAGUUCGGCAAAACACCGAAAAGGCCCUUUGGCAGUCCUCCUUCGGCCUUUGACCCAGGCCGUAAUCUUGUCGACAGGAUAUCACAGAGAAGGACAUCCCUCCAUCGCAUAGCCAAGACAGAGAUGGACGAUAUCGUACCCAAUUCUACCGGAACAGAAGUGGCUCGUUAUCCUGCGAGAGUGUAUUGUGGACAGUACUCGGAAGACUCUUCGUUCUUCUAUACAUGCUCGCAAGACUUCAAAGUACAUAUGUACGAUACUACCGCCGCCUCGUCGCGCCGUGUGCUUGAGAUGCGAGAAAGGCCGGAAAUGCGCCGAAGUCGCUACUACCACUCGUAUGGCACUACUCAGUACACGUCUCUCAAACCAAUCAAGACCAUCCAGGGCAGAAUGGGCAACUGGACCAUUACCGACGCCAAUCUCUCGCCAGACAACCAAUGGAUGAUCUACUCGUCCAUUACGCCCACAGUGCAUCUUGUGUCUACAAGAGCAGAAGCCCAAGGCGGUCAAGAUCUGAGUGACAAGCAAGUCGCACUGGACUUUGGCAGCGGGGACGACGACGGAGGGGUGAGAUAUCGUAGCGGGAUCUGGUCAAUCAGGUUCUCAGGAGACUCGAGGGAGAUUGUAGCCGGAGCUCACUUUGGUGACAUUUACGUCUACGACAUCGAGGCACGUCGGCGAGUCCUCAGGGUCUCAGGCCACAGCGACGAUGUCAAUGGUGUAGCCUUUGCCGACUCUGCCUCUUCCAACGUGCUUAUCUCCGGUUCAGACGACUCCUAUGUCAAAGUCUGGGAUCGUCGCUCCUUGUCUGGUGGUAAGCCAGCAGGAGUCUUGCCGGGCCACACGGAGGGGAUCACCUACGUUGCGCCAAAGGGGGAUGGAAGGUACUGCAUCUCCAAUGGAAAGGACCAAUCGCUGAAGCUGUGGGAUCUGCGCAACAUGAGGAGCUCGACAGAGUUCGAGUCAAUGAGGAGAAGAGAUUACGGCCUCCGCAAUUGGGACUACCGUAACAUGUACUACCGCAAACCCCGCUUCGACUCUCAUCCAGAGGACUGCUCCGUGAUGACCUAUCGUGGGCACGCCGUCCUCAAGACUCUUAUCCGUUGUCACUUUUCCCCCUCUGCCACAACGGGACAAAAGUACAUCUAUUCGGGAAGCGCAGAUGGACGUAUUCAUAUCUGGUCCUUGGAUGGAAAAGUGGUAAAGGUCCUCGAUAGGAGUAAAGCCAGGGGACUAUUUGAGAGUGCGGAUCAGGCGGCAGAUCCAAGUGCACCCGAGUGGACUUCGGCCGAGGAUACAGCUGCUGCAACGACUGCUGGCGCUUCGGAAGGCACACCACGUCGAGCGGGUCUACGAGCUCGUCCUGCCACCACUACCUCCUCCGGCGGUGGUGGUGGUGGAGGAGGAUAUGCAACUACAGUUCGUGACGUCUCUUGGCAUUCUUCAGAGGCGUCCAUCAUGAGUACUGCUUGGGAUGGAAGUGAUGGACAAAGUGGAAGUAUUGCCAAACACGAGUGGAAACCCUUUGGAAAGGGGACGAGCUUGGAGGAUGCUUUUGCCAGGCAGAGGGAGGAGGGGGAGGAGGUGUAAGGAGUGCAAGGAAAGGAGUGAGAAGGAGGGAGGCAGAGGACGCUCGUCUCGGUCUUUUCGAUUUGUAAGGCGUAUAGCUGUUGCUGCUCCAAGAUUCAAGCACGCUCGCCUGUCCUGUCCUGUCCUGUCCUGUCCUGUCCUGUCCUGUCCUGUCCUGUCCUGUACAAACAAUUCUACAAUUCAAGCCAGCCCGCCCCACGCCGCAAGAGCAGAGCAGAGCAGAGCAAGACGAUGGUUUGUUGUCAAUGGUGAUAUUCAAUGUUUAC